AUGCCUAUGAAAGAGAAAUGGGGUGGAUUCGUGAAGAAAGUCAACAACCAAUUUUCAUCAUCUGGUAAUUUCAAAGGCCAAGGUCGAGUCUUGAGUUCUUCUUCAUCUGGACCUGUUAACCAGAUCCCUACCUGUCCCUCCCAAGCUCAGACCGCUUCACCAAAGCCUAUUCCUCCACAAUCAUCAUCGUCGUCAUCUUACUCUUCGAACUCCAAUCCUUUGCCUUCAAAACCGACAAGAAACUUGAUCAUAUUGCUUUCGAUCAGGGUCUUCUUCUCUGUACCUGAGAGUGUAGCAGCGAAAAUUGAACUACCGGAUUCUUUCUAUAACCUAUCAGCUGACGAGUUGAAAAGAGAAGCAGAAUUGAGAAAGAAAAAGAUUGCAGAAUCCCAAUUACUACUCCCUAAAUCUUACAAGCAAAAGCAGGAAAAAGCAACUCGGAGGAAGUACAGAAGAACAAUGAUUCGCAUCCAGUUUCCCGACAGAGUCGUUCUUCAAGCCGUUUUCUCUCCUUGGGAACCAACUAGCAAUCUCUACAAAUUUGUCAGCUCAUCACUGAAAGAACCAGCCUUGGAGUUCGAGUUGUUAGAUCCAAUUCUGGUCAAACGGCGAGUUAUACCAUCUUUUCCAGCAGCCGGACAGAAACCUCGAACACUAGACGACGAGGAUUUGGUCCCAUCAGCACUUAUCAAGUUCAAGCCUAUCGAAACCGAUUCCAUCGUCUUCACAGGGCUUUCGAAUGAACUGUUGGAAAUGAGUGAACCCCUUGUGAGCAAUUGAAACAUAUGACUCAAACCAUUAACCUUUUGAUCCGUAUUUCUGCAUUGAUUGAGGAAAAAACAUAGCAU